UAAAAAUAACCGUGAGAACGACGUCUAAACGACCACAAAAUGACUGAAAGAACCUUGACGAACGAACAAAUUGCUGAAUUUAAGGAAGCAUUCUCGCUUUUCGACAGAGAUCAAGAUGGAAACAUCACAUCUAAUGAAUUGGGUGUCGUUAUGCGUUCUUUGGGACAGUCUCCCACCGCUGCUGAGCUCCAAGACAUGAUUAAUGAGGUUGAUGCUGAUGGAAACGGAACAAUUGACUUCCCCGAAUUCCUUACGAUGAUGGCUCGUAAAAUGAAGGACACAGACGAUGAGGAGGAGGUCCGAGAGGCGUUCAAGGUUUUCGACAAGGACGGUAAUGGUUACAUUACCGUCGACGAACUUACACACGUUCUUACGAGCUUGGGUGAACGUUUGUCGCACGAGGAAGUCGCGGAUAUGGUUCGCGAGGCCGAUGCGGACGGUGACGGUGUCAUUAACUAUGAGGAGUUUGCUCGUGUUAUUUCUUCCAAGUAGUGUCCUCAUUCUCCAAUAUAUAUAUAUGUAUACAUUCACACGGGCUUGAGUGCUUACAUUUGUUAUUACCAAUGCACGUUACAGACGAGCAUGUAAUCUGUCUGUGAUUGGCGCCUCGUUGAUUCGUCUAGAAAUGGCUUGUUUGCCGAGUUCUCUCUUCUCGUCUUUCAUGAUGUUGAAUACUUUUACCUCGUUCUUAUUAGCUUCCCGGGUCCUGUGCUCCUUUGACGUGCUUUUGGUUUGGCCAUGUCGUGUUGUCGAAAAGUUUUGGUACACCGAUCAGACCCUUGACUCGUGAGGUAGCCUGCAGGUAAUCUAACUUUAUAUGUUACAAAUCACAUACAUGCAUAUCACAAUAUUAUUAACUACCGAUCAA